GUUUACAUGUUUCUGCCAACCAGAUCGCACGUUGCCGGGUUUUGAUAGCGAGCAAUCUGUAUCGAAAACACUAGAACGCCAGUUUCACCGAAAUAGUCACGAUGGACUACGAAGCAUUCGAAGCAGCGCACAAGCCUCAGCUCCAAUCGUCUGGCGUGCCGGAACACUUCUGGCCAGAGCUGUACCGUAAGCUGUCCGAGCAGGCGUUCGAUGCGGGACUAUCCUUCUCUCUGCUCGCGGUGGACUAUGGAGACGAAACGAGAGCAGCGGAGGAUCCCGUCUGGACGCUGCAGGUAUCGAAGGAAGGAGGGCUGAAGGCGAACGACCCGACGGAAAUCUAUCUGAUCGACCAUGCCUGGACUUUUCGAACGGAUAACGCACGUCAGCUGCUAAACGCCCAUCCGGAGCUGGUGAGCCGAUUGGCGGUAAUGAUGGGACUGCAGCAGGACGACGAUGUGCCACCGAACGCGUACAUCCCCCGCAUCCUGCAGGACGUGUGGCGCUGGUGCAAUAUGUACUCGCUCAACGCGGAUGGGUUGUCGGUCGAAAACCGUAUGCCGAUUUGGUACGUGAUGGAUGAGGUAGGCAGUGCAAUUCUGCACAGCGAUACGCCGAACUGCCGUGUCGUUCCGUUCAUGCACAUCCCGGAAGGUAUCACGUACAGCUUACUCUUCCCAACGGAGGACAUCGACGAGGGAGAAAACGUGUGUCGAGAUUUCGUCGAAAAUGUACCCUUAGGAUCGAGGGAACGGGACGCUCUGCUGCUUCCCUGGCGGUACGACUCGUUCGUGAAGGAGGACUUCUCGCAAUCGGAACCCCCGAAGGAAUACUUUUUGGCCGGUCACAUUGAAGAAUCCCUGCCAGAUCCGGACGUUCCGCCACCGCUAAUCGAUGGCAAUAGACCGCUGAAGGUUUACUCACAGUACGAGCUCGUCAACCAAUACCUUACCGAUCCAUCGUAUGAGCUUGUAUCCGAUCCGGCCGAGGCGGACAUUCUCUGGAUGACCAGUCACUUCAAGGAGUUUCGCGAGCUGAGCGAAUACAAUCCCAAUAAGUUCGUGAACCAAUUCCCGUUCGAGAACGUACUGACAAUCAAGGAUCUGUUGAGCAUCGUCUGUCGCCGAGCGGCCAAGAAAUCGGCAGCAUCAUCCGGUGAUGGUGACGGAGAUGAGGUGUCAUUGGCGUCCAACCCUCGCUGGCUGCCGGUAACGUACAACCUAAAGACGGAGCUGGUUCCCUUCGUUGCCUACUUUCAGAACCGGGCACAGCGCGGCCUGGACAACCACUGGAUUGUGAAGCCGUGGAAUUUGGCCCGCACACUCGAUACGCACAUUACGGACAGUUUGACGCAGAUGAUGCGCCUGCAGCAAACGGGGCCCAAGAUCGCCCAGAAGUACAUCGAGCAUCCGGUGCUGUUUGAGCGGGCGGAGCUCGAGGCCAGCGUCAAGUUCGACGUCCGGUACGUGCUGCUGGUGAAAAGCGUCGACGAGCUGUGCGCCUACGUGUACACCAACUUCUUCCUGCGCUUUGCCAACAAACCCUUCCAGAUGGACGAUUUCGACGACUACGAGAAGCACUUCACCGUCAUGAACUAUGGCCAGUUUCAGCUGCGGCACAUGAAGUGUGACGAGUUUGUUCAAACCUGGCACACCCAGUACCCGCAGCAUCCCUGGGACCAGAUCGAGACCGACAUUUGCGAAAUGCUGCGGGAGAUGCUGCAGGGUGCCACGAAGGUGGGGCCACCGUGUGGCAUUGGCGCGAGUGCCCAGUCGCGUGCCCUGUAUGCCGUCGAUUUGAUGCUCGAGUGGACGGAGGCGGGCAGCAAAAUUCAGCCGAAGCUGCUCGAGGUCAACUUUACGCCCGACUGUCAGCGGGCCUGCGAAUACUAUCCGGAGUUCUACAACGACGUGUUCAACUUGCUGUUCCUGGAUCAGGAAAAUUUGGACGUGUUCAGGCGUAUUGUAUAGAGAUGCGAAGCAGACACCGAAAUAAAUGAAUUGUUUUGCGUAUGUGAAAAAGAAUCGCUUUCGCUGGAUGAAAGAAGAGAAAAGAAACUUUCGCGCAGGAUGCAGGCAUUUCGGAUCAGCGAAGGACCAGCAGAAAGGAGCGUGGCCGACCGUUUUGUGGUAACAUUACAAUUUUAUUUCUGAUGAUGUUUAUUCGUUCAUUUUCCGUCCCAAAUUCCAACUAUAGUUCGUUACACAACUUCCGAAACAGCAAACGGAGAUCAUCAAUCUCUUCCUCUGAUCGAGCCUAAUUUGCCUCUUUUCCACUUGGUGUGUUUCAAUUUUGUUGCACAGAGUUUUAUUACAUUAUUUUGCCUUAUUUAGUGUUGCAACACUUAUUUAUUUUUAAAAUCAGUUUCGUCUCGCAACAAACACCACCUUUUUUUCUUUUAAUUUUAACAGUGUACAUUUCCACAAAAACACACUGUUCAUGUAGAUGUGGAGCUCUCCUUUGACACGAACAAUAAUUAACACGCGUGCAUUACGUGUGCUAGUUAAAGGGAAGGGGAAAGUCUUGCUCGUACCAGGGCGCGUGUUUCUAGCACUGAGCGCAAUGGUAGUAGUAGUAUUUUAUUAGUAAUAGUAGAAAUAGUAGUAGUAGUAGCAGUAGUAGU